UGGUUGUAGGACUAUUUCCCCACCCAAGAGCUGCUAUCACGUGACUGUCAACUUUCACCCAGGAUGUCUACCACGCGACUUCCCCUUAGCAACCGACUGGCCACGCUUGGUUCCCUUAGUAACUGGGCGAAGCGUCCUCUGCGUAGAAGCAGUCGGGUGGCUGGCUCCUGAGACGACAUCCUCCGCAUAGACAGCCUCUGGCAGUUUGAGAACUUGAGGAAGCUACAGCUGGACAACAACAUCAUUGAGAAGAUCGAGGGCCUGGAGCAUCUCGUACACCUGGUCUGGCUGGCCGCAGACGCUGGGAGGCUACAGGCAGCAGAGGUGGCCCACAGCCGGGUCUUUUGCCCCAGGAGAUGAAGGGGAGAAGAUGCUGGGUCAGUGCAGACCCUAAGCCAUGCCCCCUCUGGAAGGCCUGCCAGCUUCCGGGUGUCUCAACGGCAGGCUUUUAGACCUGUCCUUCAACAACAUCGAGGCCAUUGAGGGGCUGGACACGCUGGUAAACCUGGAGGACCUGAGCCUGUUCAACAACCGGAUCGCCAAGAUUGACUCCAUGGACGCCCUGGUCAAGCUGCAGGUGCUGUCACUGGGCAACAACCAGAUCGGUAACAUGAUGAAUAUCAUCUACCUGCGGCGGUUCAAGGACCUGCGCUCGCUCAGCCUCUCUGGGAACCCCAUCGCAGAGUCAGAGGAUUACAAGAUGUUCAUCUGUGCCUACCUUCCUGACCUCGUGUACCUGGACUUCCGGCGCAUCGAUGACCAUAUGAAAGAGCUGGCAGAGAGCAAGCACCAGUAUAGCAUCGACGAGCUGAAGCACCGAGAGAACCUGAUUCAGGCCCGGCUGGAUGAUGAGCUGGCCCGGCAGGUGGAGCUGGAGAAGCACAAGGCCGCGUUCGUCGAGCACCUGAAUGGCUCCUUCCUGUUUGACAGCAUGUACACCGAGGACGUAGAAGGCAACAAGCUGGCCUACCUGCCUGGCGUUGGCGAGCUCCUGCAGGGCUAUAAGGACAAAUUCGUCAUCAUCUGCCUGAACAUUUUUGAAUAUGGCCUGAAACAGCAGGAGAAGCGGAAAUUGGAGCUUGACACCUUCAAUGAGUGUGUCAAGGAGGCCAUCCAGGAAAACCAGGAGCAGGGCAAACACAGGAUUGCCGAGUUCGAGGAGAAGCACUUGCUGAGUCUAAAUGCCAUUCGAGAGGAGUCCGACCUGACCAAUAUCGAGGUGAGGAUAGUGGAAUAUGGCGAGGACAUCACAGAGCUGUUCAACGUGCUCAUGACGCUGGAGAUGCAGUUGGUAGAGCAGCUGGAGGAGACCAUAAACAUGUUUGAAAGGAACAUCAUGGACUUGGUGGCACUCUUUAUUGAAAAUGUCCAGAGCCUGAUGGCCCAGUGCCGGGACCUGGAGAACCACCACCACGAGAAGCUCCUGGAGAUCUCCAUCAAUACUCUGGAGAAGAUCCUAAAGGGCGAGCUGGACGAAGACCUGCCAGAUAACUUGCGCGCACUUUUUGUCGACAAAGACACCAUUGUUAACGCUGUUGGGGCAUCACAUGACAUCCACCUCCUGAAGAUCGACAAUCGAGAAGACGAGCUGGUGACCAGGACCAACUCUUGGUGUACACACUUAGUGGACACGAUCCACAAGGAUGAGAUCAUGAGGAACCGCAGGCGGGUGAAGGAGAUCAAUCAGUACAUCGACCACAUACAGAACGAGCUGGACAACCUGGAAUGUGGUGAUGUCAUAGAUUAGGCCAGACCCACACUGUCCCUCGGAACCCAGCCACAGGCCCUUGCGGUGCCCACACGCCAUGCACAUCCCUGACCAUCUCGCAGGCGUUACUGGGAGUCUCUCAACCCACAGCCCCUCCCCCAGCACCAUUUUUCCCCGCUUCCUGGGAAAACUUGCAAAUGUAGAGAAAAAUAAAGGACCACGUCAUCUUU